CAGCAUUUCAGUGCCCACCAGGAUCUUUUUCUGAACACUUCGUGUAAAGUAAGGAAAAGAAGAAAACACAACAAUGAGUCUCAACGCCAAGGACAAGUCCACGGUGAAGGCACUCUGGGACAAGAUCUCCCCCAAGUCCGACGAGAUCGGUGCCGAGGCUCUGGGCAGAAUGCUGACAGUCUACCCUCAGACCAAGACCUACUUCUCCCACUGGGCAGACCUGAGCCCUGGCUCUGCUCCAGUGAAGAAGCAUGGCAAGACCAUUAUGGGUGCAGUGGGCGAUGCUGUUGGUAAAAUGAAUGACCUUAUUGGAGGUCUGGGAGCCCUCAGCGAGCUGCAUGCUUUCAAGCUGCGAGUUGAUCCUGCCAACUUUAAGAUCCUGGCACACAACAUCAUUGUGGUCAUUGCCAUGUACUUCCCCGGCGACUUCACUCCUGAGGUUCAAGUGUCUGUGGACAAGUUCUUCCAGAACUUGGCUUAUGCUCUUUCUGACAAGUACCGCUAAACUGCAUGUUAAUGUCAACUGAUCUGUGGUGCAACAAAUAAAUGUCUCAAUAAAGACACUGUCAUAAUAAAAUGCACUCAACCCGAUAA